CGCUGGCGUUGCUUUUUAGCAUUCGCAGCUGGGAACACAACAACAACGGAGACCGAUGCAAGAAAAACUGGGACAGGGGAUUUUUUCAGUGUUGAAAUAUCACAUUUUGUACCCCCUAUUUAUAACGUGUUCGGAGUGGAUGGUAUUCCAAAGGUAACGAUUCUAGUAAAGGAGCGUUCACCAGUGUAACUGUACCAGGAAGCGGGAAUAUUUUAACCACAAAUUUCGCAAUAUUUGUGCGGUCGUCGAACAAAGCAACAACGCAUCUCCACAACUUCUCACUUCGUCGUAAAUUUGACAACCAUGAAGGACGAAAUUGCCGCAGCCGUGGUCUUUCUGGCCCGCCUCAUCAACCUGAGACGUAACUUCUCGACAGAACAGAUGGCGGAAUUCUCCGAGAAUUUAGUGGCAUGUUUGAUCGAGAAGUUUCGGAACCACUGGUACGAGGACCAGCCGAGCAAAGGCCAGGCGUUUCGGUGCAUCCGUAUCGCCCACGACGAACCCAGGGACACGGUGGUGGUUCGUGCAGCCAAGAAAAGCGGUCUUGACUACGACAAAAUGAACCUCCCAGCGGACUUCACAUUAUGGGUGGACCCGCUUGAAGUUGUCUGCAGGUUUGGAGAGAAAGGCACUAUCUGCCCGAUUGCGUCCUUCCCCAAGAAGCAACAGCCAACACAAGUGAACGAUAACGAGGCCCCAACGUCGCAAAGCAGCGACGACAAUGGCAAUGUGGACUUGAACGCCAACCCAAAGACUGUCAUCGAUUCCAUCUCGGAUGUACUCUCGCAAAACGCCAGCACGGCAGUCAAUGACAACGCCAUGGGAGUGUUCACCACCCAUCGAAGGGGGCGGCGAAACCGGACCAAGUACAACCUGGUCCGAAAUGCCAUCAACACGGAGCAAGACUGGCCCGCCCUCUCGGGCCCCCACAACCAGUACCGCUGGGUCAACAAGGCCCUAGCGGCCAAGGCGUAACCCCUUCCCUCCGCUGACAAACUCGAAAAGAAAAAGAAAAACGCCAAAUGGAAAUCUUAUUAAGAUGUUUUUGUUUUUUUAUAAAAACUUUCUUUCAUGGAAUUAUUGUGAUUUUUAAUGUAGCCAUUUUCGUCUGUGAUCUUUGCCAAAGUCAAAAACGGGUUUGAUUGCUGUUUUGACAAUGCAAUGCAUUUUUCUACGUCUACACUCAAAGUGGUGCUCUAGGUGAUGUACAUAAUAUAUAUCAUAUGUUUUGUAACUUGCAUUUUUAAUAUAUGAUGUAUGUUUUCAGUUAACGACACUUGGACAGCAUAACAAAAGGAAGGGCAUACCUAACAUUCCUGUUACAUUGCUCUUAUUCUCAUAAUGCUGAUCAUGCACAGAUAGUCAUAUGGAACAUUGAUAACGGCACGGAAAUAACUCAUCCCAGCCAAAAAAAAAUCGAUGUGAUGUUUGAAAACGUCUUGUCAACUGAAUUUUAUGUGUUCUUAAAAAAAAAAAGCAUGAUUGCUACCAUAUGGUUCAGAAACACCGUUUAGCAUCUUGCAUCCGCACUUAAGAAAAGUGAUGCCAGCAAUUUUUUUUUUCUCCACAAUAACACAACUUUCCCGGAAACUUCAAACCCUUCAGCAACCUGAAAACUAUUUGCAGUGGACCCAGUGCGGAUUUCCUCCAUUUAACGCAAUAACGAAGCAGGUUUCUCCUCUCAUACCUCUCCUUGGUUUUCAGGCAUGAAACGGCCGUAAAUCCACCCAGGGGACAGUGUGACUCAUCUUCCAAACUGUCCCACGCCCUGUAACUUUUUUCUUACUCGGAUUAAUUGUAAGUCAAAUUGAAUUGGCCAGCUUCCUUAUUGCGUUAACCGGGCACUUAAACUCAUAGGUAGGCUUCGCUAAAAACCAGGCAGAUUUCAAGACCUCACUUAGUCGUGCGCUUAACAAGUAAGCCGAUUGUAACUUCCGCACUUAUUCAACAAAAACAGUGAUGGAUCAUUUCGCUAUAUGUUCAGUUGACAAGACGAUAUCCUUGCGGCUAUUUAAGGCCUCAGUUUUCAUGGUUCUGCUAAUCUUAAACAAUUGCAUUAAAAAAACCCAAUAUACCGGUGCUCUCUAGGCUAAAAUUAAACAAUUGAACAGAAAAAAGCUCCAAACAUCAGUAAAACAACAACAGUGUUAACUAGUACUGUAAGUUGUCUUUUUCCCAACCAAAACCUUUCCAUGACCAGAAGCUGGUGGUUAGCAGUAUAGUCAACUCUCGUUAGUACAAACACUGUUAAUACAAGUUGUGGUUGUAACAAACAUAAAGCCUUGGUACCUUAUGUGCAUUUAUGUGCACAAUGAAUGGGACUGAUGUUCCUCUUAAUACAAAAAAAUCUGAUAUAACAAACAAUGUGGCUAGUUUGUAUUAACGAGAGUUGACUGUGUAUCAUGAACUUAACUCUAGAUUGCUCUUCGCAUUUGUGUGUCGUUGUACACGUCAGCUAUGCAUUAUUCCCUCCAUGUCAAAGUUCAGAGGUCAGUUGAACAGUAUUUGCUUUUGUAGAGGUCACAAUAUUUUUAACAGUAACCAAACUUUUCUGUACAGUGAGUUUCUUAAGCGACAUCAUUCGUGCAAUAUGAAUUUUAUAUGCUGAGCAUUAUGUAUAUUGUGAUUGUUUUGUUUUCAUUUUGCAAGGAAAAUGUGGAAGAAGAAAAAAAAAUAAUAAAAAAAAUGACAAAUUAAGAAACUAUUGACAGUAAUUACUGCAGCAAACAUUUUUAAGAUCUUGGUUCUGAAAUUGAUUUUCAUAUUUUUAACUUUGGCUAAUAUUUUAUUAUUUUGGUUUUGACGAUAAGUUUUGCUUUUUAUCAUUUCAUUUAUUUUUAGCAAAGACCUUGGGAAUGUGACUUCAUGGUGUACAGGAUUUCUGAAGAACUGAAAUACCUCUUUAAAAAUGUAUUUUGUUGACCAAAUUGAAUUCAGCACACAAAAAUGAAAAAAAAAAAAAGAUUGACAAUAUUUUUGGCGUACAUGCAAACAAUAUUGUAUUUUUACAAUGUAUGUAAGAAAACCUGCUUAUCAUCUUCAUAUUCCCAAAUUCGAUAGCAUAUAUUAUUUUUUUUUCUUUCAAAUUUGACUCUUUUUGACCAGGAUUUACCUCACCAUGAACCUAAAACAGUCGUCUGCUUGUCAAUUAACUUUGUUGAAUUCCAGGCGACUGUUUUUCUUUCUAUUUUUACUCUUUGUUUCCAAAAUUAAAACUUCCUGUUCUUUCCUCGGUAGUUAGAGAAGACCAAAUUUUUAUGAAUUGUUUCAUCACAUACACACACCAUACAGACUAGCAGUACUGGUGUUAUAAUCAGUUCAUUACAACACAAAUUGUUCCGGGCCUUACUGCUUUUUUGGCCUUUUUAUAUAAAAGAGAUUUCACCUCGACUGUUUGUAACUUUUUACAGUUUGUAUAGAAGACAGAAAAUGCAACAUUAUUUGUUAACUGUGUACAGAAAAACAAAAUAAAUAGUUAAAAGUUCAUGAAUGAAAAA